AUGAGCACUAUUCCCCAGAUUCCCAUGCCAGCGCAUGUACAAGCCGAAUCAAUGUUGGCUAGAAAAUUUGGCAAGGAAACAGUUAAUUACUUCUCUAGCUCACCCUUGAACCGACUCUCUUUCCUCCGCUCCGAACACCCAUUCCUUUCUGCUGCCCUCAAGCAUCCCACCACACGCUUUGUGUUGUUGAAUAAUCUCGCACCGCUAACCAAGUCUCCGUCGGAAUUGUAUUAUGCGCACUAUGAGGAGGUUCGGAAUCUUGUUCCCGAGGAUAUCUUUGACCAAUCCGAAGAAGAUAUAAUUAAGAACUACGACUCGCGGAAGCCGCAUCCUCUUCUCAUCUUCCUGGGCCUGGAUGAAAGCCGUACCGAAGGUGCUUUGAACUGGAAGAUCUACAAUGGCACACCUUAUUUCGCAUUGGAUGUGACACCAAAAGGAUCUGAUGAGCAGCAAGAAAAUGCCAAGGGCGUUAUCGGCGCCAUGGAAGCCAAAGGCCUAAGCUUUUAUCAAUCGAGAGUUGUUAUGACGUUCUCUGCGGAUGAAGCUGCCAUCUAUGCGCAGUCUCGCGCCCUUGCAGACUGGAACACCCGUAACACUUUUUGUGGCACCUGCGGAAACAGAACGCUUUCUGUCAACUCGGGAACAAAACGUGCUUGUCCACCAACAGAUGCCGCACGACUCGUAGAAGGAAAACCUACAGAGGGACCAGCUUGCAAUACUCGUACUACCAUUUCCAACCUUUCUUUCCCGCGUACCGAUCCCACAAUCAUUGUCGCCGUUAUUUCCACUGACGCCAAGCGUAUCCUGCUUGGUCGUUCGAAACGUUUCCCACCGUGCUGGUACUCGACGCUUGCUGGAUUCAUCGAGCCUGCAGAGUCUGUUGAAGAUGCCGUCCGAAGAGAAGUGUGGGAAGAGGCAGGAGUGACGCUUUCGCGCGUCGUCAUCCACUCAUCGCAGCCAUGGCCCUACCCGGCAAACUUGAUGAUCGGGGCCAUUGCUCAGGUCAGUGAUCCCGCGCAUGAAAAGAUCAACCUGGAACAUGAUCCGGAGCUGGAGGAUGCAAGAUGGUUCGAGAUUCACGAGGUCGAGGAGGCGCUGAGGGUUGGAGUCAGUCCCUUGGGCGAAAAACCUGGCCCUGACUACAAGGAAGGUGGCUUGAGGCUACCGCCGCCAACUGCCAUUGCCAACCAGCUGAUUAGAGCUGCUAUCAGUGGAGAAUUUUUGACGGGGGACAAAACUUCUAAGAUGUAG